AUGGGUUUAGCAGGACCACGAAUAAAACAACGUAUACCUUCUGAUCCAAGGAAUUUAACAUGGAGUAAUGAUCGAUCAAAGUUUGGCUUUAAAAUGCUCUCAAAAAUGGGAUGGACACCCGGUAAAGGACUUGGCGUCAAUGAAACCGGUGAUAAAGAACACCUGAGAAUACCACAUAAACAGGAUCUCCUUGGUGUAGGCGCGAAUAAGAAAACUGUUGAUAAUUGGUUGGAUACGACGA